UUGUAUGUUUUAAUCUUAACUAUUAAGGAACAAAAGUGGAAGCCAUAGUAUGCUGUCCUGUAGAACCAAAAAAAUUGGUUUGCGAUUUUGAAGCCUUCUCAAACAUGAAGAAGUUAAGAUUGCUCAUUAUUCGUAAUCUUGCCUUGGAAAUGAGAGAUGGUCACACAUUGAAUAUUGAACAUCUUUCUAAAGGGUUACGAUUCCUUGAGUGGCAUAAAUUUCCUGCUGAAUAUUUGCCAUCAAAUUUCCAACGAGGUGGACUUGUCCAAUUGAAGUUGUGGUUGAGCAAAAGUCUUCUGAACAACCCUAUCAAGCCUCUAAACAAUUUGAAAACCAUUGACAUAAGUCAUUCAACAAAUAUAAGAAAGUUUGAAGACUUUAGGGUGGUUCCAAAUCUAGAGCAGUUGAUUCUUGAAGGUUGUGUAAAUCUAGUGGAGAUUCACCCAUCCAUCACACUUUUUGAAAGGCUUACCAUCUUGAACUUGAAAGGUUGCAUUUGUCUACAAAAUCUUCCAAAAGGCAUGGGUCUUCUGAAAUCUCUUGAAGUUCUAAACCUUGAAGGUUGUGUAAGCCUUACCUGUUGGAAUAAUAAACAAAAUUUAAUAUUUGCCUUCUCCACAAGAUAUAAUAAACAUGUAUGGGAAAUGUAAGAAUAUUUUAAAUAUGGUUCAUGAGCUAUGAAAAAGGUGAAUGCUUAUAUAUCUCUGUUUUUGUCUUUUGAGUCAAGGGUGUGGAAAAUAGA